UUCACACAGUGUUGGGUUGUUCAGGGACUUGGCUGAAGCUAUGAUCAAGUACUGGAAGAUUGUGUGGGCUUUCCGUAGCCAGCUGAUUAUAUUCCUGGUGCCACUCUUACUGCUACCACUCCCUCUGGUCAUCCCAACAAAGGAGGCUGGCUGUGGCUACACAAUCAUCCUUAUGGCUAUAUACUGGUGCACCGAGGCACUCCCACUAGCUGUCACUGCCCUCAUUCCCGUGCUACUCUUCCCAAUGUUCGGAAUCAUGGAUUCACAGCUGGUGUGUAUGCAGUACCUGAAGGAUACGAACAUGCUGCUGGUUGGGGGAUUGAUGGUGGCAGUAGCAGUGGAACACUGGAACCUUCACAAACGUAUCGCACUGAGGGUACUGCUCAUUGUUGGAGUUAAACCAUCGCUGUUAAUGAUGGGGUUCAUGAGUGUGACUGCCUUCCUGUCGAUGUGGAUCAGUAACACAGCAACCACUGCCAUGAUGGUCCCCAUUGCCCAGGCCGUGUUAGACCAGCUCCACAAAGCAGAAAGCAGCAGCUUGGAGUAUAGUCUGGACAAAGACCAUGAGGAGCUGGAACUGCAGGAGAAGAGUACAGUGAAGACUGAAGAUAAAGUCAUCAUUAAUUCCCACGCCUUUGAGAUACCACCUGAGAAACUCAACAGCACCAACAUAGAGACACAGAACAUCAAGCAAAUGGAUCAUUCCAAAUGUGACAUGAAUGGCACGGCUGAGAAAUAUAAUGGGCAGCUUCCUGGAACAGAAGACAGGACCUUCCUGGAGAAGGACAGAGAGAUGAAGUUGCAGAAACACCUGAAGCUCUCGAAGGGGAUGAGCCUGAGUGUUUGCUACGCAGCCAGUAUCGGGGGCACUGCCACGCUUACUGGUACCACUCCGAACCUCAUCAUGAAGGGGCAGUUAGAUGACCUCUUCCCAAAGAAUGGAGACAUUAUAAAUUUUGCAACCUGGUUUGGUUUCUCCUUCCCAUGCAUGUUCAUCAUGUUGGCACUGACAUGGGUCUGGCUUCAGAUCUUGUACCUGGGAUUUAACAUGAAGGAGAAUUUCGGAUGUGGUGCUGCACAUUCCCAGAAGGAUGCAUCUGCGUACCGAGUGAUCAAGGAGGAGGUGAAGAACUUGGGCAGAAUGACAUUUGCAGAGAUUGCUGUCCUCAUCCUCUUCAUCCUGUUAGUCAUCCUGUGGUUCACCAGGGACCCCGGCUUCAUACCUGGCUGGGCAACUGCACUCUUUAACAAAGGUGGAAAAGACAUCCAAAUGGAAAAUGGGAAACCAGCUGAAAGGAAGACACUGUCAGGGCUACAGGAGUGUGGGAUCUACUGGGUUACACAUUCAUACAGCUAUCAGAGACUGAAUGGCCUCAUCAGCUCCCACAGAGGGUAUUUCUUGACACCAGAGGGAUUCAUGUUGGAAAUGGUUUUGGUCUCCUGUCUCCUUGUGACUGGCAUUGGAGGGAAGGAGAGGCAUCGGGAGGGAGGUAAUGGAUACAGAUAUGGUCCUGCUCCUGCGUUGCUGAACUGGAAAACUGUUCAAGACAACCUAGCCUGGAAUAUCGUCGUGCUACUGGGAGGGGGCUUUGCACUGGCUAAAGGCAGUGAGGAGUCGGGCUUUUCUGAAUGGCUUGGAGCACAACUGACCCCUCUUGAGGCUGUCCCAUCCUGGGCUAUAGUUGUCAUCCUCUGCCUGUUGAUUGCUACAUUCACAGAAUGUGCCAGCAAUGUUGCAACAACAUCACUCUUCCUCCCAAUUCUGGCUGCGAUGGCGAAACGUAUCAACUUACACCCCCUCUACGUCAUGCUGCCCUCCACCCUCUGUGCUUCAUUCGCAUUCAUGCUGCCAGUGGCAACACCCCCAAACUCCAUCGUCUUCUCCUAUGGUUACCUGAAGGUGGCUGAUAUGGCAAAGACUGGAGUUGUAGUGAAUCUGAUCGGGGUGCUGGUCAUCACACUGGCCGUGAACACGUGGGGUCGGGUUAUGUUUGAUCUGGGCACCUUUCCUGAUUGGGCAAAUUCGACCUUGGUACCAUGAUCUGAGUGAGGUAAUUCACAUCGGUCUCGAAAAGAUGACGAACUUCUGCUGCUGCACGGAAUCUACCCUGAACUUGUUAAUUGUGUCCUACAUCAAAAAUAUAUAGGAAAUGACUACCAGACUCCUGAGACCGCAUAAGAUCAUGAUUGCACACAAACCUAGAGCAACACUGUGCCAAAUGUUAGCAAAGACUAAAGACCCUAUACUGACAGUAAACAAGAUCAAAGUGAUAUACAGAAUACCAUACAACGAGUGCAACAAACAAUAGGGAGGAAACUGACCACCACGAUACAUGAACACCAGCUGGCACAAAAAGAUAUGACCAAUAUUCACUUGUCUCAAUACACACAGACAAUGAAAGCCAUCGAUUCGACUGGGACAGAGUGACCAUACUGGGCUAAGCGAACAUCAGACAUGCAAGGGAAUUUCUCAACACGGGACUCCAUUAACACACACACAGAAAUAGACCCUGUAUACAGGCUGCUGCUAAAACAACAGAACCAGAAGCGACAAGCCCAUCCCACCAGAGGAUCACGUAAAUCCAGAAGGAAGCAGAACACCAACAUUUCAAUUAGAGGUCGCAGUGAGGAUGUUGCCUAGAAAGGUAACGAAAUGUCUGCACACCACAGAACAACUGGCUCGGCGAGUUAAUGAACAACUGUAUUUUAAUUAUUGAAAUAGAACCUCCCAGGUGUCUCAGUGGGUGUAGAUUUUGAUGCGACGUGGGGAAAUUUUAAGUGUACAUUCAGAACUUGAAUUCUCCAGACUCCCCUCAUCAGGAGUCUGAUGCAGGAAAGCGGAAAAUCUUCUGACGGAAGAGGAUCUGGAGCUGAAAGCAGGAAACCUCACGAGCUUGAGGACACCCCACUGCCAGCCCUGCGAUAUUCCAGCUUUUUACCCCCUUUGAUAUCCGGCUGGUUUCGUUGAGUCUGGUUUGGGAUUUGGACACUUGUCUGUGUGACCGUCAAUGUUUAUUCAUUGAUUAAAUUCCACUUGGUUGCCAAGGUAGGAUUUGGACCUGUGUCCCCACGGCCUUACCUGGGACUCUGGAUUAAUAAUCCAGGACAUUCCCACUGUGGAACCAUCUCCACCUUUGUUCUGUAGGUAGCUGUCUGGACCUGUGUGUAUAUAUAUGUGUGUAUUGGGAUUUGCGCCUGUAUUCUGGUGUGACUGUACCUGAAUGUCAGCCAGCACCUGUGUGUUCAGGUGUAUCCAUACCUAGGUGUCCAUACCUGUACAUCUGUACCUGCGUGCCUGUACUUGUGUCCAUACCUUUUUGCCUGGGUGUUUCUGUACCUGUGUGCCCAGGUGUCUGUAUCUGCGUGCCUGUACCUGUGUCUGUCGUUGUGUGUCUACCUUUUUACCUGGGAGUGCCUGUACCUGCGUGCCCCAUUGUACCUCAGUGUCCUGUGUGCUUGUACCUCUGUCUAUAUUUGUGUGUCCAGGUGUGUUUUUCUGUGAGUGAACCUUUGUGUGUUUGAAUGAAACUGUGUGUGUUUGAGGGUGUGUGUUUGGCAUGUGUCAGUAUCUGUGUGGGAGUGUGGCUGGGAACAAAUGUGCAUGUGUGAGUGUGUGACAGUGUGAGUGCACGUGUGGAGACAUUGUAUGUGUCUGUGUUUUUGCAAGGCGGUGUGUGAGUGAGUGUGUGAUUGAGAGAGUGUGACGUGUGUGUGUGUGUGUGUGUCUGUGUGUCAGGGGGUCUGAUAACAGGAGUGUGAAUGCAGAAAGCUGACCGACUCCCAGCCCAUUGUACAUUCCCUUCACAAACAUCAUAAUGUCAGGAUUUUGGAGGUACAGGUUUGCUGCAAAAUAUUUAUUGUUUGCAGAGGAUUGCACUUUUGUAGAAAUGUGAUAAAUAAACUUACAAGCCUU